GCGUAGGCCUAGAAAAUAAGUCCGUUUUCUGUAAAUGUGAGCUACCGUGUAAAUAUGUAAACAAAAAACCCCCCGUUCGCUCGCAAACGCUGCUAACGCUCGCUUGAAAACAAUAAUUUGCUUGAACUGCGCACCAACACCAUCAUGCGCAAUCACUUCCGCUUGCUGCGAAAAAAUAGUCUGUGGCUGCCAGUGAACGAACAAGACGUGUGGUGGAGAAGCUCCUCGCUGUGUCUCGAUCGGUUUACCGCGUGGACGGCGAAUCUGUCCGGUCGUCGAAACCGCGUGAGCGGAGAGAAACCCGCCGCCGGGGAUAAUAUCCGUUCCCGCACCCCCGGACAUCGCGACUUCACGACGUCGGCUUCGUUGAGCCGCAGAUUGGGCCGACCAAAUAGGAUUCGCUUCCAGAAAAACUCCACACGAAAAGCCACAACAUCCUGCUGCCGCGGUAACUCCGGCGUGUUGGCCAACCAGCAAGGUCACGGCAAACGGAUCCCGCAUCGAAGAACAAGCCUGACAAAUUUGGCCACGGACGGAACAAAGACCGGCGGGAAGGAAAGACGCUCGACGGAGCGAAACACCAGUAGCACGACGAGCACGCGCGCAGGAAGACCCGAAUCGCAACGAAGAACCACAGAUCAGCUCGAUUCCGGCAGCAGACACGGAACGCAAGCCCAGAGGUGCGAUUAAAAGCAGGCGCAGCCGCCAGAAGAUACACCGGCAUCGGCAGCUCACGACUCCCACAUCAUCGGGCUCGGCCCGAACGGAAUCCGCGCGGAAGAAGACGCAAAAAAGGCCCCAAAAAGGGUGAGUGCCACGCCAAAGACGCCAUCUUGAACGGGAUACUAAUUUUGGUUUCUGCAGGGCCUUUUGUGUGGAGUUUUCGCUCGACGGGGGCAGCAUCACACGGAGCAAGUGGCAAUCGGCCAGCAUCGCCGUCGGACACUGUGACCAGCGGCGGAUCGGCGGGGCGAGCGGACAUCGGCCGAAAUCGCUGUCGAACGUUGUGCCUACGGCGUUUCGGCGGAGCGGCGAGUGGAAGACAUCCAUCACAUCGGCUCGGAGAAGUCGUGUGCCAGCGAGCCGGAUUUGAAGAACGGCGACGUGCGCCGAGGAGCAGCAUCGCCAAGGGCAGUGGCGGAAGAACACAGCUGGGUGAGCGGGCUGAGCAGCACGCGAAGGGGGUAGGAAGAACAGUGGCGCCACUGCACUAUGGUACAUUGGGUGGCCAAGUUUCAAAAAAGUGACCUUCUCCAAAUAUUUUUUGGUAUUUUUUUCUCGAAAGUAAACGUUCUAACUAAGAAAAAUCCAAAGUUUCAAAGCUCUAAGUUUGUUCAUUACGGAGAUACGCAAGCUGAAAGUCAAAAAAUGGAGUAAAAAACUAGCGUUUUUCGUAAAAAAAGGCUGAUUGUUUAAUUGUAACAUAGCUCAGCCAUUUUAAAUGUUUUAUUAGGACAAAUAUACAUCGUUGGAAAGAUAAUGA